UGACGUCACGAGCAGUGGCCGACCUGAGGCUGCCGAGGCGGAGGGGAUGCUGGGAGCUGUCAGUGGAGCGGGGCGCGCGCUCCCAGCCAAGUUCUGAGCUGGGAACCUGGGCAGCUCUCGCGGGCGAAGGCUGGUAGCCCCCGCUGUCACCUUCCCUAAGCCGCCACUCGUAGACGCGCCUGCAGUGCAGAACACGGCCCACUAAGUAGCAGCGCCAGGCACAAGCACAGCGCUUAGGAGCUCAUCCCCCCCAAUCUCUGCGCCCCCAGAUUCAGGCAGAUCAUAGAGGACCCAGAACUCCAGAAAUGUUUCCUUUGAAGGAUGCAGACAUGGGCGCCUUUACGUUCUUUGCCUCAGCUCUUCCCCAUGAUGUUUGUGGAAGCAACGGACUUCCUCUCACACCAAAUUCCAUCAAAAUAUUGGGUCGCUUUCAAAUCCUUAAGACCAUUACCCAUCCCAGACUGUGCCAAUAUGUGGAUAUUUCUAGGGGAAAGCAUGAACGACUGGUGGUUGUGGCUGAGCACUGUGAGAGGAGCUUGGAAGACCUGCUUCGGGAAAGGAAGCCUGUCAGCUAUACAAAGGUUUUGUGCAUAGCAUUUGAGGUACUUCAGGGCUUACAGUACUUGAACAAGCAUGGCAUAGUACACCGGGCACUGUCUCCUCAUAACAUCCUGUUGGAUCGAAAGGGUCAUAUUAAACUGGCUAAAUUUGGACUUUAUCACAUGACAGCUCAUGGUGAUGAUGUUGAUUUCCCAAUAGGGUAUCCCUCAUAUUUGGCACCUGAGGUAAUUGCACAAGGAAUUUUCAAAAGUACUGAUCACGUGCCAAGUGAGAAACCAUUGCCUUCUGGCCCGAAAUCAGAUGUGUGGUCUCUUGGGAUAAUUUUAUUUGAGCUUUGUGUGGGAAGAAAAUUGUUUCAGAGCUUGGAUAUUUCUGAAAGACUAAAAUUUUUGCUUACUUUAGGCUGUGUGGAUGACACUAUAGUAGUUCUAGCUGAAGAACAUGGUUGUCUGGACAUUAUCAAGGAGCUUCCUGAAAAUGUGACAAAUAUUUUGAAGAAGUGCCUCACCUUCCAUCCUUCUAAAAGGCCAACCCCAGAUGAAUUAAUGAAGGACCAGGUCUUCAGUGAAGUGUCACCUUUAUACACUCCCUUUAUCAAACCUGCCAGUCUGUUUUCAUCUUCUCUGCGAUGUGCCAACUUAACUCUGCCUGAGGAUAUUGAUGACUUGUGUAAAGUGGAUACAGACAGUGAUCACCUGGCGGAGAGAUCUAUCGAAGAGGUUUACUACCUGUGGUGUUUGGCUGGAGGUGACCUGGAGAAGGAGCUUACAAACAAGGAAAUUAUUCGAUCCAAACCACCUAUCUGCACACUCCCAAAUUUUCUCUUUGAAGAUGGUGAAAGUUUUGGACAAGGUCGAGACAGAAGCUCACUCUUAGACGAUACCACCGUGACGUUGUCCUUAUGCCAGCUAAGAAAUAGAUUAAAAGAUGUUGGAGGGGAAGCUUUUUAUCCAUUACUUGAAGAUGACCAGUCGACUUUACCUCAUUCAAACAGCAAUAAUGAGCUAUCUGCAGCUGCUACCCUGCCUUUAAUCAUCAGAGAGAGGGAUACAGAAUAUCAACUAAACAGAAUUAUUCUCUUCGACAGGCUACUGAAGGCUUAUCCUUAUAAAAAAAAUCAAAUCUGGAAAGAAGCAAGGAUUGACAUUCCUCCACUUAUGAGGGGUUUAACCUGGGCUGCUCUUCUGGGAGUAGAGGGAGCUAUUCAUGCCAAGUAUGAAGCAAUUGACAAAGACACUCCAAUUCCCACAGAUCGACAAAUUGAAGUGGAUAUUCCUCGCUGUCAUCAGUAUGAUGAACUGUUAUCAUCCCCAGAAGGUCAUGCAAAGUUCCGGCGUGUACUGAAAGCUUGGGUAGUUUCUCAUCCUGAUCUUGUGUACUGGCAAGGUCUUGACUCACUGUGCGCUCCAUUCCUGUAUCUAAAUUUCAACAAUGAAGCCUUAGCUUAUGCAUGCAUGUCUGCUUUUAUUCCAAAAUACCUGUAUAACUUCUUCUUGAAAGACAACUCACAUGUAAUUCAAGAGUACCUGACUGUGUUCUCUCAGAUGAUUGCGUUCCAUGAUCCAGAGCUGAGUAAUCAUCUCAACGAGAUUGGCUUCAUUCCUGAUCUCUAUGCCAUUCCUUGGUUUCUUACCAUGUUCACUCAUGUAUUUCCUCUGCACAAAAUUUUCCACCUCUGGGAUACAUUGCUACUUGGAAAUUCCUCUUUCCCGUUCUGCAUUGGAGUAGCCAUCCUCCAGCAGCUGCGGGACCGGCUCUUGGCUAAUGGAUUCAAUGAAUGCAUCCUUCUCUUUUCUGACUUACCAGAAAUCGACAUUGAACGCUGUGUACGAGAGUCAGUCAAUCUGUUUUGUUGGACUCCUAAGAGUGCUACAUACAGACAGCAUGCCCAGCCUCCAAAAGCAACUUCUGAGAGCAGUGGCGUCCGGAGCUCAGCACCUUACUUCUCUGUGGACUGUACAGACCCUCCAAAGACAGACCUGUCAAGAGAAUCCAUCACUUUGAAUGACCUAAAAUCAGAAGUAUCACCCCGGAUUUCAGCAGAGGACUUGAUUGAUUUGUGCGAGCUCUCAGUGACAGGCCACUUCAAGACCCCCACCAAGAAAACAAAGUCUAGUAAGCCAAAGCUCCUGGUGGUCGACAUCCGAAACAAUGAAGACUUUCUCCGAGGUCACAUUGCAGGCAGCAUCAACAUCCCGUUCAGCGCUGCUUUCACAGCGGAGGGAGAGCUCAGCCAAGGCCCUUACACCACGAUGCUUCAGAACUUCAAGGGGAAGGUCAUUGUGAUCGUGGGGCAUGUGGCCAAGCACACAGCCGAGUUCGCAGCUCACCUUGUGAAGAUGAAAUAUCCAAGAGUCUGCAUUCUAGACGGCGGCAUCAAUAAGAUUAAGCCAACAGGACUCCUCACCGUCCCUUCUCCUCAGAUAUGAAGGACCAUGUGCAUGGCUGACCAGCAGAGAGUGGCAUCGCCCCAGGCACAGCUCUUCACAGGCUGUCUCCCUGAGACACAAGUGGACAUCCAGACCACUGCAAUGCCACAAGUUUUGUCAUGAAUCACUGUGUAAAUCUUCUGAGCCCAACAUUCACCUGUCUAGGCAGGAAACUUGACUGCACAUGUAUUACUGAAGGAAUUUUCUUAAUAGUGAAAUCUGAUCAUGUCUUUUUACCCCACUGCCACAUAAAGCCGGAGGAAUUCAGCUGACAGGGCAAAUUUAACAUUAUCAAGACUUCAAGAUGCACUGAGAAAGCUGCAUCCACCGCUCUGAGCAGACUGUCCUGACAACGGGGUUCAGAAAUAGGGUGUGAAAUCACCACCUUUUCAUUACAGCAGGAAUUAGAAAGCUAUUCAUAAUAAAUGUGGCAUUUGGUAACUCACAA